CUUUUGUGAUAACCAAACUCUGGUUUUUCUAUAGCUCUCAUAAUGAUUGACUGAGUUAUUCACAGAGCUUCUAAAUUUAUAUAAUUAUACAUUCUUGAUAUAGUAUGUGGGAUAUGUCACAUUGGCACCACCAAUUGUUUAGGCUAUUAAUUGGUUUUAGGGAGAUAAAUCCAUGGAAUUGUAGGAGCUGCCCCAUCUUUAUAAAAUGCAAAAGAAAUUGGUAUUUGGUUUCUAAGAAAGUGCAGGAAAAUAUAUAAACGGCCCAGUUCGAGAGAAAGGUAUUUGGUUUAUUGAUAGUAUGUAAAGUUUAUAUAUCUCUACGGUAUAUCAGAUACGAGCUUAUGCAAAUUUGUGAUUAAAGCUUAAAUUUUUGUAACUUGGACAGGGAUUAAAUCUUAGAUCGUGCUCUAGGACCUAAGGAGAAAAAAAGGUUGUGAAGUUUGAUCAUGAUUAAGGUGACAUUGGCAUUCUUUAAUAGAAUAAGGACUUUGCUUAAUUUAUAGUAAUGGGUGAUAGAUAAUAGGAAGUUACUAUAAAAGCUUACAUUCAUCUCAAUGUUCCCAAUAUUAAUUAAUUGAGAGCUCCUCCUUUUUGCAUCAAUGGGGGACCCUGAAAAUGAAAUUUCAAUAUGACAAUGUGAUCAGAGAAUUAAAAAUGUCAAUUUGACAAAGAAAAGGAAGGAAAAUGAACAGGUUCUUGCCGUAUAGGUAUCUUUUGUACUUUGUGUUAACUGACAAUUCAUUUACAGAUAUGUAAACCAUCACCAUUAGUAAAUGAUAAACUGUAGUAUUUGUGAAUCUUCUCUCUUUCCCUGUUUUCUAUAUAUAUCUUCAAGAGCUUCUUCUUGGUUUCUACUUCUAGCUAGUAGCUCUCUGAUAAAUCCCAAAGCUUUCAACCAUUUCAAUUUUCUAGGCAAAGUAGCCAUGAACAAGUUCAAGAAGUCUCAGGUUCUGAUACUGUCUCUAGUAGCAGCACUUCUUUUCAUUGCACCACUUCUAUCUUCAUCCUUGAGGCCUACUUAUCUCUACUUUGUCCUCAAUCUGCUUAUCAUAGCACUAGGGGCCGAAGCCGGGCUGCUCUCAGUGUUUUCCAGGCCUGCUUAUGUUGCAGCAAGACCAGUGACAACCCAAGAAACUAAGGCUGUUGAAAGUAGUAAGGAUGAUCAAAAACAGGUUGCUCCUGCAGGCAAUGAGAAGAAGGCUAAGGUUGUUGAGAAAUCUGCCUCUGAGAAGAUUGUUGGGACUGUCAAGGUGGAUAAAGUGAAGAAGUGUCCUUCCACCCCAAGCCUUUUCUUUAUAGGAAGUGGGGAGGCUGAAGCAGAAGCUGUUGAUGAGGAGCAUGAGGAGGAAGAAGAAGAGGUUGGAGGGCUUAGUGGGCCAGAGUUGUUUGCCAAAGCUGAGACUUUCAUAGGCAACUUCUACAAGCAGUUGAAGAUACAGAGGGAAGAGUCUUGGAAGAGGAUUCAUGGAUUUUAUCAGAAAGCCUUUUGAGUGCGUUUACUCCUCAUCAUAUCAUAUCUACCAUCAGUCUAGGAUCAUUGGUUUGGGGAUAAUUACAUGUGAUUGGUCUGCAUGGGGGAACUAAAUUGAGCCGAUUUCCACAGUUCUUCCUUGUAUUGGGUCUGUACAGAACAUGCAUGUUUUCUCUCAUUUUCCUGCUUGCCAAGCAGGAAAUUAGUCACCUUAGGCACUUCACACCAUGUUUUACCUUGAGAUGUCAUGAAACAAACAAAAGUUACACAUAGCUGCGGGUUGUACACAUACUAAAUUUUCUGUAUGAAUAUAGAUAUAAUUUAUGGAUUUUGCACCA